UCAAGACGGGAGAGUGGGGAACCUCCACUUCCCCCGGCGCCCGAGGCAAUGGAGCGGCAUUGGGUUUUAGUGCCUAUCUUAGUGAUUCUGACUGACUCCAGGUCCAUCGUAUCCAAACGACUCAGGCCGCUCGGAACGGGCCGGAAGCCCCUUUAUGGAUGACUUGGAGCCCGUGGCACCGCUGGAUGCGUUCGGAGGAGCGUCCGAGGUGAUAGACACUGGUCGCCCGCGCCAAGGAGGCGCCCGCCGCCCCGCCUUGUACGUGCCCCCGUAUCUCUAUCCAGACGCCUUUCCCAGCACGGCCAGUGACCGCUGCCGAUGCGAGGCGCCCAAGCGGGAAGAGCUCACGAAGGAGGAUCGGCUCUGGGCCUCAGAGGUGUCCAAGCAGCUGGGUCUUCCCCUCGCACAGGUGAUGGAGCCCCGAGAUUUUCGCGGCGUGGCCCACUGUGAUUGUGGCUCAGCACCACCCGCAGGGCAGGUCUUUCGCUACGUGAAGUCCACCGGCUCCGAGAACCGCUCUGGCUUUGUCCUUGAAAGUGCUGACCCCACAUUUCCCUUUGGAAGCUUUUGGGAGCCAGAGGUGGUGAAUAGCGCAGGCCUCGUGGCCCCAGGUGAUCGGCAAGAUCAGUGGCCGGUUCAGGCUCCCUAUGAUGAAGUGGAUCUGGAUGAAGAGGCCUAUGCCAAGCACGAUCAAAUCCCCAGGAAGUUUGCAAGAUACUUCGACCAAUUGGAGAGCCGGCGCAGUUGCGAGGGCGAGGACUGCAUGUCCCCUUGUGCUGCAGGUGAUAAGGUGCUCUUGCAGCUGGGGAACUUGCGGCGGAAUGCUACCGUCUUGUGGGCCGCAGGUGCCAACGCUGCACAGAUCGAGUUCUCCACUGGUCAAAGCGAGGGCAGUGCUUGCCCCGUAGAGGCCGGUUGCUCUUUGUUGCGCGUGUGCGCAUCUGCAGAUCAGCUACAGUGCGUAGCUCAGGAAGCUCAGGACAGAUAGCACCCGAUGGUCAAGCCAAGCCUGCAUCCGUUGAUUUUCUUUCGGUGACGCAAUGACGCUUGCCUCCCAGAAACGUCAUUUUGGCGGAAUCUGGAAACCCAGACACUGCAGAGCUAUUUGGGAUUGUGCUUUUUGGAUCGUUUUGGAUCUUUGAUCUGUUCAUAUCCUUUUCCCUGCAAGAAGUGUUGAUGCGCAGCGUUCUUUGCCCUGUGUAUCCAGUGUGCUGGUUCAAG